GUCAGUCGUGAUUGUAGCGCGAGGGGUGAGGGUGCCGCGCCGCUGUCCGGUGUUUUCUGAGAAUGUCUGGCUGCGCGCUCAGGUAGUGCGAUGGAGGUGCACUGUUGGAGGAUCGGAUGGACCCUGUUUGUGUGUCUGGCUGCUGCUGUUACCACGGGAGAGGCUCUCACAUGUGACUGGAAAGGGAGUGGUCUGGCGCACGGCUCACCCGGCCACGUGACGGUCGUCUCCCUGGGCUGUGCCGCCGGCCAGGUCGAGUGGCGCUAUCCUCAGGGCGCUCUUCGGGUGUCCCUCGAUCCAUCCAACGCCUUCGACUUCCGCGCCUGUCUUCGCGUCGAGAACGGCAGCCGUGGCGCGCGUCUCUUCGUCGAGGGUCAUCGACGUCUUCAACUUCUUUGGGCGGAGGAUGAUGGCCAGGCAGUUGACAAGUGGCGAUGCUUCGCUUCGCGCGGAGGCUCGGCUUCGCUGUAUGUGGAGGCGCCUGGCGAAGCAGCGGACCCGCUAGGAAGGAGUGGGGUGACGUUCGAGUAUGAUGCUCAGCCGACCGAGACUGGACGGCUGUGGGAUGACAUGGAAGACUGUCGUCCGUGCACGGAUGAGGAGGCCCUUCUGAACUACUGCACCAGCGACUUUGUGGUCCGAGGCCGAAUUACCAGCGUCGAGCAUCACGAACAUCUCGAUCGCAGCGCCCUCUUUGUUCGGGCCGACCGCGUCAUCCGACAAACCAACGACAUCUUCCGGGCGCCGACGGAACUAACAGUUGGCGAUGCGCCCGCCAGGGAUCUGGGCAAUCACAUCAGCGAAAGAUAUCGUCCGGCGCUUCUGGACGCGCUCUCGGGGGCCGCUGAGGCGGCGACGGAGUGGAGGGGUCGUGUGCACGUGCCGCGACACUGUGGCGCCCAUGAGGGGCGUGGACACUACAUUCUGAUGGGCAGACACCGACUGGGUGUGCCGAUGGUCACGUGCUCGCUGGCUGCAGAAGAGUGGAGACGCAUCAAGGCGACAGCCGAGCGGGCCGGAACCAAUGAGUGUAUGCUGCAGGCGUAGCAUGCGAGCCACGUGCAAUGCGAUAGGGGUGGCAGUGAGGGGAAAUCGGGGACUUGUGGGGUUCCAUUGAUUAGAAGAAAACUCAGCACAGAAAACCACACAUCAACGGAGAUGAUUUUUGUUUAACGACGCAUUCGCCAUUCUCAAAGGAGAUGAUUAAUGUCGCGUUAGAUUGCUUAUCAUCUCGUUCCAACCGUGAGAUCGGAAUCAUGAUUUUAGCGGAGUUGUGCAUUGCUUUCAUCUAGACGACGGAGGAGGGUUCCAUAGAUGUCACGCGAUUUUGUGGGAUGGCGGGCACCCCUGUACGAAACAGGGGCGAUCUGUGAUAUAUGCGUGUAUGUCUGUGUGUGGGUGUAUGUAUAUACUGUGCAAUCGGUGUCAUAAACGUAACUAGCCGGCUAGGCUCGUUAGCAUGCCUUAGUCGAAGUGCCAAGAAAAUCGCCCAAAUUUGGGCAUUACUGAUAACGCCUUGGGCCGGAUAUUAUCAAUCAGUAGGGUAGUCUCAUAAUUCUGCAAAUUAUUUUAAUCUACAUGGCUUGCUGUUGAUCUACAUUUCUUCCCGGUGAGGCCUAACUUCUUCGCCUCAAAUAAUGCAUUCCUGCAUGCCUUAUGUUCUAUAUAGAGCGCCGCCGGUUGUUCGCCGAAACCUUAGCGUUUAUUGGCGGUAGGCCGUAAGCGGUGACCGUUUAACCUUUGACCCAGCGCUGUGACUUUGCUCGCCGCUGAACUGCGGUGCUGACUCGCUCGCGGUCGCUGCAGCGCUAUGGAGCAACAGGGUAUGUGAUUGUGUUGCGUCUUGAGGUCGGUGGACCGCUUCACGAAACGACAGUGUGCCAUCGUACGCUUGAAAAGUUUCUCGCGUAAAUGUAUUUCUUACAAUAUUUGUGACUUAUGAUCUCCAUGAUUCUCGGAAUUUCCAUGCAAAACAUUGUUUUUACCCAGACGGUAAAUGUUUUUUUUUCCUGCUCAUAGACCUCUAACUAUCGUAUACAGAGGUCUAAGUUUUAUCUUUAUUUUACCAUCAUGAACUUCGCAUGUUUGCCGACAGAGUUGAUUUUAUCCAUCACGUUGUGCGUUAUGUCGUUGUGUGAGGCGGUCCACCGACCACUGUUAGCUUAGAAGGUGGCCCGACUUCGUUCUGGGCCCGUGAAUUCUGAUGUGCCAACCCUGGGGUGACGGGCGGCCACCGUGACCCCUUGACCUUUCGGUACAGCUGACCGAGCUCACGGCUGUUCAGCCGCGCCGGCGUUACGCGGUUGCCAUGGUAACGUGCGCACUGUGCCGCGCUGUCGGGAGCAAUGGUCGCAGGCCGUGCCCUGUUCAAGUUGAGAGCCCCUGACGGGCUAACGCCGGCCGUGGUUUGUGAACCACUGGUCUGUGAUCUCGAGAGUACGAUUGCGUUGUUUGAAGCCUGUUUCACAAUGUACAGUGAAUACAUUUAUCCGUACGAA